GCAGCGGCCUGGUGUGCUGAACGGCAGCUAAUUUCCGAAUCCAUCAUGGAUUAUCUCUCUAAACCCGGGCUCCUCAGUGUCAUCGCUGGAGUUGCGUGUGGAGUGUGCCUGGGCUGGGGCCUUCGUGGGAGACUCUUCAGGCAGCCCAAAGUCAGGAUGGCUGCACCUGCCAACAGCCUGGGGAGUGAAGCUGACAUCAUGGGAGAGUCUGGGGAGUUCAAGAUGGUGCUGAUUGUCCGCAACGAUUUGAAGAUGGGGAAGGGUAAAAUAGCAGCCCAGUGUUCUCAUGCUGCUGUUUCUGCCUACAAGCAAGCUCAGAGAAGAAAUCCUGAGCUCCUAAAACAGUGGGAGUACUGUGGACAACCUAAAGUGGUCCUCAAAGCUCCUGAUGAAGAGACUCUGAUUCAACUCCUAGCUGAUGCUAAACACCUUGGACUGACUGUGAGCUUGAUACAAGAUGCAGGUCGUACUCAGAUAGCUCCAGGUUCCAGGACAGUCCUUGGUAUUGGACCAGGACCAGCUGAUUUAGUAGAUAAAGUUUCUGGUCAGCUAAAACUCUUUUAAA